UUGGAAAGGCUGUGCAGGCACUUGGAGAAGGGAAGGGAAGAGACAUGAAGGCUUCCUUGGACACAAACAGCUUUUGAGCUUGGUGGAGAAUGUGCUGGAGGGCAAAACCAAGAGCCUCCUCUCUGCGUGUUUCUCAAGUGUCUUCUGGCUUCCCCCAGAAAGGGAAAUGCCACGCUCAGGCGCUUCCCUCUACAUCAAGACCCUGAAGGCCAUGGACACAAUGCUGAGGACACUGGUGCUCAGCUUUCCUGUCUCCAGUGUCAGCCAGGAGCUGCAGGACAUCUUUGAGAUGCUGCUGGACUUCACCAGAGCUGAGAGAGUUGUGUGGGAGAGGGCUGUGGGCAGGAUUGGUGUCCUGACCCUUUUGCCAUCCAAUUAUUCCACUCUGGAGAGCGAUCUGAAGACACCUACAGGGCAGAUGGAGGAGUCCCGUGGUCGGACUGUGCCUGAGCGGCCUCUGCAGGCCCCAGAAAGGGCAAACGAUUCCAGCUGGUUGCCUGUAUAUGAAGAAGCAGAGGAAGCUGUGGAUUUCAUCAUGGCCUUUGUCAGCAGCCUUGACAAGGACACCCACAAGUUCACAUUUCUGAAGAGUGUCUACGUGCUGUGCAAAACCGCCUUGAAACGUGGCUUGACCCAGGGCCUGGAUUUAUUCUGCCAAACGUGCGAAGUGGUGGACAACAUCAAGGACAUCCUGGAAAAGGAGCCAAGGGACCAUGUGUCCUUACGGGUCCGGUAUCUCGCCAUGAUUACCAUCGAUGAAUUAAGCUUGGUGGAGAAUGUGCUGGAGGGCAAAACCAAGAGCCUCCUCUCUGCAUGUUUCUCAAGUGUCUUCUGGCUUCCCCCAGAAAGGGAAAUGCCACGCUCAGGCGCUUCCCUCUACAUCAAGACCCUGAAGGCCAUGGACACAAUGCUGAGGACACUGGUGCUCAGCUUUCCUGUCUCCAGUGUCAGCCAGGAGCUGCAGGACAUCUUUGAGAUGCUGCUGGACUUCACCAAGUCUGAGAGAGAAGUUGUGCAGGAGAGGGCUCUGGGGAGGAUCGGUGUCCUUACUUAUUUGAUGUCCAACUAUUCCAUUCUGAAGGCCUCUGUCAACUUUGGAAGAGACAGUUCUGGACGUGUCUGCCCUGAAGACAUCUCAAUCCCAAUCGUGGGAAAGCUGCUGGCACGUCUCAUUCUUUUCCGAUGUUCCAGUGAACAUACAAGCUAUACAGCCUUCCAUGCUCUUUUCUCCCUCGCUGAAUUCCUCUACAAGUCAAGGCCAAUUGACAGGUCAGACCAGCUCGUUUGGGAAGGUGUGACCACCUCCUCCUUAUGUUCCCUGAGCACCAAGGACUGUACCCAGGCCUUUGGAAGAUAUCUCCGCUCUAGCGAGAGGACAGACGUCAUCCUCGAGGCCAUUGGGGCGUUGAGAGAUGACAGCAUCCUUGACAAGGAGGUGCCCAGCAGCAUGCUGGAUGUGGCCAUGAGAGACCCAGACUCCUGGCUGAUGGAUGUGCCCAAGAUAGUCAGCUGCAUCCUUGAAACCCUGCCAUGCAUCACCACGGAGUCAGGCUGUAAGAAAGUGGAGUCACUGUUUCUCCUGAUGACCAAUGAGUAUGGCUCAGCAGUGCUCAUCAGCCUGUGUGAGAUGGCUUUUCAAGGAGACAGGGCCCCUGGAGACCCCCAGCAUGGGCUCUGCUCUGUGGGGCUGGUCCUGGCCACGGCGCUGUGGCUGAGGCAGCCCCUGGCUUCCAGCACUGUGCAGGAACUGUGCGACACUCUGUCCUCCAUGCCUGAGAUCUUGGACAAGGUCCUAACGGGAUUGGCUACCUUGCUCCGCAACCAGUGGUGCAACCCUCGCAGAGAAGGCACCUGCGCCUCUCGCAGAGCCGUGAGUUGCCAGGAAAGGCCCUGA